AUGGAGAACAAAGGCAAAAGAGAACGAGACAGGUUUCUCAAAAAAUUUGGGAUUUUGCUUUUUCCCCUUUCUACUACCGAGUACAACAAGGGAACCAAAGCCGUUGCAGACAUAGUUAUAAAUCACAGAACAGGGGAAAAGCAAGAUGGAAGCAGGAAAUACUAUAUCUUCGAGGACGACGACUAUUCCGUUGGCAAUGGAAAUAUCGACACAGGAGAUCCCAUUACAGGUUCCCCAGGCAUCGAUCACGUAAUCACUAUAGUCCAAAAGGAGUUAUCUGAUUGGAUGAACUGGCUCAAGAUUGAAAUAGGGUUUGAUGGGUGGCAAUUUGAUUACGUAAAAGGGUAUUCCUCGAGUUUCACCAAGAUCUACAUGACCAACACCUCUCCCGAUUUUGCAGUUGGAGAGCAAUGGAGCUCUUUAGCUCAUGGGCAAGAUGAAAAACCAGAUUACAAUCAAGAUAACCAUAGAAAUGAACUGAUGAAGUGGGUGGAAGAAAGGGGGUUUUCGGCGGGGAUGAGCUAG